AAGCUAGUUAUAUGAUAGACACGCCUCCUUAACGAGCAUGGACCCCUCAAAAAUCCGUAUCAUCAGAGAGAUCACGUGCUCCGACGCGUCUGCAAUAUUCGAGGUAGACCUAGAUGGACAAAAAAUAUGCACUGAAGCUUGACCACGACGACGGCGACCCCGGAUAUACCGAAAAAGGCCGUGAUCUGGGCCGAUUCCGCUGCGAAUUGAACGGAUAUCGGAAACUUCACACUUCCGGUGUCUGUGCGCGCGGUUUCGUUCCAAAAUUCCACGGCUCCAUUGAGCGAAUCGAUCCGGCGGCAUUCCACCCUGUUUUGCAACACUUCGCCCAAGACAAGCUCAAGCCGAGAGCAAUCUUGCUAGAGUACUUGUCCAAUGCAGAGAGUCUAAACUGCGUGAACUACUCGGACGCGCUCUACCCGCAGGCCAUUGAGGGCAUGCAGGAGAUACACAGAGCGGGUGUGCACCACCAGGACAUCUACCCCAAAAACCUUCUGCUUGUCCGUGGAAACCCCGAUAGACUGGUCUGGAUUGACUUUGACGUUGCAACGACCUUCACCGACUGUGGGCCUGAGCAGCUGGCUCGCUGUGACCAUGAAAUUGCGCUUGUGAAGGGAUUUGGGGAGGCACUGAGAGAUGACCAGGCUGAGGGACUCCCGCCGAACACGAAAUUCUAUUGAGGGUCCCUAUUAGCUGUAACUGCAAUUCUAGAGUCAUAGAUGGAUAUUGUACCAUCCAUGUUGUCUACCUCGAGCUUGAAGUAACACCCCACCAUGGUGUCUCUCUUAAGGGUAGCAAUAAAGGCUGGAGACAACCAGAGGCUUCUAGACAGUAAAGUUUUGUGAUACUUCAAGUAAGCUGCGGCGUCCCGUCCCCUAGUGUGACCCACCCCCGCGCUAUUCCUUUGCUUAUUUUCGACCAUAUCGAUGAUGACCAGGCAGCUAUAUCGACGACGCGUCCAAAACGAAUGCUUUUAGAGAUACCUUACUGUGGAAGGAACCGCAGUGACCCACCCCGGCGCUAAUCCUUUGCUUACCCCUAAUUAUAUUAAUGAUAACCAGGCAGCUAUAUCGACGACGCGGUCAAAACAAACGCUUC